AUGUCUAGAACACCGAAAGCCCAGCCUGUCAUAGCACGAUGCCCUGUUGCACAUCCGAGCAGGACACCUCAAGAUCUUGAGCGAGAUUUUACAACGCCAGGUGUUCAAGGAACCCUGGGGUGCCCUUUUGCGAAGAUGGCGAACGGAAUGGCAUCGUCUGUGCAGAAUGACCCUAUAGCUGCCGAGUUUCACCAGGACAAAGCCUCCACACUAUCCCCUCCAGUAGACCAACGCCCUGGCCAAUGCCCCAUCCGUUUCCUCGAGCAACAUUCCCCUGAAGAGGUUGCCAAAUAUUUCGAGAACCACAAACACGAGAUUCCCCGAAGCCAUGAAAUAUGUGUGCGGCGAUACGGAGGCAAUGAGAGCAGCGCCCGCCAGCUGGACGCCAAAUAUGGCAAUCUGGUGAACAUGAUCCAAGGUUUGGGGGUCAAGCAUAAAGCAUACCUACCAGAAAGAGAUAGGAUCGAAGAACGUGAUAAAGGCUCGACCCGCGGCGUCGAGAAGUGGGCGGAGAACAUCAGCCAGGAUGCUACGCCUCCAGUCCAAGAGAGCGCUGCACCGGACAAAGGCGCAAGACAAUCACAUUUUGAGAGACCCCUGCGGGAGGUUCGAGUAGGAGAGUCUCCCACUCGACCGUGGGGAAUCUCAGUUCCCGCUGAUAGAGAGCCGACGCCGAGCGCUCUGCAGGAAGAAGACGAGGCUGCGCAUCUGAAACUACCGUCCGCUACUUCACGACCGACUCCGGCCGCAACGCCUAAUACGGGCCCUACGGAGAAGGGUCAGAAACCACAGCAGCAGGAAAGCCGACCCAGAGAUUCUCCCGAAACGACUGACCACCGCACACAGGUUAUCUUCAAUGGCCCGGUGUUCUUCGGGUACUCGGCGGAGGAAGUGGCCUCGUUGCUUCAGAAACUGGACCUGGCAAACACCACCAGAUGA